AUCUUCUCAAAGGGAAAGAGGAACUCUUAGUAUCCAGGCAGAAUAGCAGACAGAUCUUCUCCAAACAAUGGAGAGCUUCACCCAGGAGCAUGUCGUUGGAAUUCCUUUGGCUUCGUUUGCAUAUGCCGAUGAGAAAACACAAGGGAAACCUUCCUGUUCCGCCUUAAUUCAUAAGAAGAAUAAGAGGAGCUCUUUCAUUUAUCGGAUGAACAAACUGAGCCAGAAAACAGAUAGCUACGUACAAGGGUUCAAAGAACACUUAACUCUGGGACCAAAAAUUUCAGAAACUAUUAAAGGGAAAUUGAGCUUCGUUGCAAAAGUUCUCCAAGCUGGCAGCAUUGAUAAAGUCUUCAGGGAAUAUUUUGCAGUCAAGAAAGAUGAAAAGUUAUUGAAGGCCUUCCAGUGUUAUCUUUCAACCACAGCUGGUCCAAUAGCUGGAACGAUUUUCAUCUCAACUGAGAAGAUUGCCUUCCAUAGUGAUAGGCCCUUGAAUUUAGCAUCUCCCAAAGGAGGCAGCACAAGAGUGCCCUACAAGGUGUUGAUCCCAUCAAAGAGGAUAAAGAGUGCUGCGGUACAAGAAAAUUUAUACAAUCCUGAUGAGAAGUAUAUUGAUGUAGUUACUGUUGAUGGCUUUGAUUUUUGGUUUAUGGGUUUUAUCAGUUACGAGAAGUCAUUCAAAUAUCUUCAGCAUGUAAUUCCGGAGUUGAGAUGAUAUACGUAGUUCUAUAAUCUGAAACAUACUGUUUACCAUGUUGAUAUGGUAUAUGUACAUUGAACAGAUAGAAUUGAUCAAUCCCAAUGAAAGAAAAAAGCAGAGUUUUUCA